AUUGAUUGUAGCGCCAUCUUUCGUGGAUGCUGGGCGCUGGACCACCAUAAACACAACUUGCUGUCCCGUAGCAGACCAUAGUACGUGCCUUCCCGGUGAAUAUGGACUGAAGAGGCGUGGGUAGGAAAAUGGCGAAGAGCGUUUUUCGUUUGUUGUCGCUCUCGUUCUUGUGGAAUGGGGUGCUGGGGACGGCUUUUGAAGCCAAUCCGGACGCGAAGCGGCUGUACGACGACCUGCUGAGCAACUACAACCGGCUGAUCCGGCCAGUCACCAACAACUCCGAGACGCUCACCGUCCACCUGGGGCUCAAGCUGUCGCAGCUCAUCGAGGUGAAUCUGAAGAAUCAAGUAAUGACAACAAAUGUCUGGGUGGAGCAGAAAUGGGUUGAUUACAAACUGCGGUGGAAUCCGGAAGAAUAUGGCGGAGUCGAGAUGCUGUAUGUGCCAUCCGAACACAUAUGGCUACCCGAUAUCGUGCUCUACAAUAACGCCGACGGCAACUACGAGGUGACCCUGAUGACGAAAGCGACGCUGAAGUCCACGGGAGAGGUGUUCUGGAAGCCGCCCGCCAUCUACAAGUCCUCGUGCGAGAUCAAUGUCGAGUACUUCCCUUUCGACGAGCAGAGCUGCACGAUGAAGUUUGGUUCUUGGACGUACAAUGGAUUUCAGGUGGACUUGAAGCACAUGGACCAAGUAUCGGGCAGCAACCUGGUGAGUGUGGGAAUCGACCUGAGCGAGUUCUACUUGUCCGUCGAAUGGGACAUCCUGGCUGUGCCCGCCACGCGCAACGAGGAGUAUUACCCCUGCUGCGUGGAGCCCUACUCUGAUAUCACGUUCAACAUCACGAUGCGCCGCAAGACGCUGUUCUACACGGUGAACCUGAUCAUCCCGUGCGUCGGCAUCACCUUCCUGACGGUGCUCGUCUUCUACCUGCCGUCCGACUCGGGCGAGAAGGUGACGCUGUGCAUCUCGAUCCUGCUGUCGCUGACCGUGUUCUUUCUGCUGCUGGCCGAGAUCAUCCCGCCCACGUCUCUGGCGGUGCCGCUGCUGGGGAAGUACCUGCUCUUCACCAUGAUACUCGUCACCCUCUCCAUCUCCGUCACCGUCUUCGUCCUCAACGUGCACUUCAGGUCGCCGUCGACGCACCGCAUGUCGCCGUGGGUGAAGCGCGUCUUCCUGCACUUCAUGCCCCGACUGCUGAUGAUGCGGCGGCCGCCGUACUCCUCCAGGGACUGCAUCGAUGACAACAACUUCAUCGACAACGGCUACACGAACGACAUGGACUUCAGGGACAGCAUCAGCGACCCCUACCCUCCAGACGUGAAGGGCAGCCCGGGUUUCGAGAGCGUUGCCACUGCCUACAAGUCAGCCCUCAACAACCACGACGACUCCUGCCGCCAGAACCAGCCGCACUCCUCAGACUGCCUUUCAAGUAAUGCUGUGGGAGUUGCAACAGGACUUUCAGACUGCCAAGAUGAUGGCUGUUUCUCUCGCAUUUGCCAGUCUGCAUCGGCUGCUACUGUGACGGAUUCGGACAACACGCUGCCCCGCAACCUGUCACCGGACAUCCUCUCCGCCCUGGAGGGUGUGCGCUUCAUCGCCCAGCACAUCAAAGACGCGGACAAAGACAAUGAGGUGAUCGAAGACUGGAAGUAUGUGUCGAUGGUGCUGGACCGGUUCUUCCUGUGGAUCUUCACUCUGGCGUGCAUCGCGGGCACCUGCGGCAUAAUCUUCCAGGCGCCGUCGCUCUACGAUAAGAGGAUCCCCAUCGACCAGCAGAAGUCUGCCAUCUCCCUGAGGCCCAGCUACUACAACAUUCCGUUCGACCUCCUCCACCAGAAGCCGAUAUACUGAGACACGUCUCACAGCUACAGCACACUGACCUGGUUGUUAAAUUCUUGAGCUCUCGUAAAUGGAUGGCCUAAGAUUUGUUCUGUCUGGUAAAUGGAUUUGGUGAGCAGUUGGGUGACAUGAGCAGUAAAUUUAAGCUGAGAUAGGUUGUCAGCUAGGAAUGCAGUCUGCCAAAGAGUGCCUGAGAGCUUUCCUUUGAUUAACAGCGGUGACCAGAGAAUCUGUACUUUUUGUUUAGAUCUGCGUGAAGCCGAAAUGCAAUGGACCAUCCGAUGGUAAAGGAAACUGUUGAGGGAUAACUGAAUUACUGGGCGUCUUUUUUGUAUUGAAAAACAGUUAUAUUAAUGGUGCCUAUAAGAACGUACGUAAUGGGCGUCUUUUUUGUACUGAAAAACAGUUAUAUUAAUGGUGCCUAUAAGAACGUACGUAAUGGGGAAACACCUGAAUACCCCAUGUACCUAAGAGCAUUGCUUAGGAACCUGUUAGUCUGAUGCAGGAUAAAAUCUGUAUUGGAAACCUGCAAUGCAGUUUCUAAACCUGCCAACUUACAGCUUCCAAUAAGCUACAUUGGCGACAAUCACUUAGUAUCUAUUGUUACACAUUAAACAUUAUGACAACAUAGACAUAAUAAGGAAAGUGUAGUGAACGAAAGACAAUGCUUACUUUUCAUAUAAAAAAGCCACAGAUUAAUAAGCGAUAGUUAUAGCACGUUGCUCAUUGUAUGCAUUAAAAUUACGCUGAUCGUAGUGAUAGCUGACACUGAACAAAUGUUUAAAACCUUAGUACUAUAAAAAGCACAGCAUCGCAGAAAGUGAAAACUAAAUUCGAACUUGGCAGUAUAAACGAUCACAUAAAACUUAGUUCUGAACUACUACUUGAAAAAAAAACUUUUACUACGAUGGGAAACACUUGUAAUAAACAUUCACUACAAGAAGUCUCGGCCAAUGACAAAAUUAGUUUACUUCUCUCACUUUUGCGAUGGUUCACUCUUGAAAAGUACCUUAUUGUUCAAUGAGCUUUAGGUAACAAUGGGGAAGUCAAAAUUAGACUUCUAGUGGAGAGAUUUUUAUCUCUCAGGAACUGUUCAGACAACCCAAAAUUAUCGAAAUGAGCAGCCGAAUUUUGGGUGAGAAGGAGGAAGUCUUUUUAGAACAACUUUCAUAGGAACGUGUCGGAUACAAUUCAUCCUUGCUUGUCUAGAAGAGAUAGACAAAUGCUCAAAUGAAAGAGUGUAGGACGGUCACAUGUUGCAGAUCAUCACAACGAGAUCGACUCAUCUCGUAGAAAACAAGAAUGUACCACCUCGGGAGAAAUGUAACAGGAAUUUUGUCUGAUGAAUGAAACUUUCACUAUCUAUCUGUUACUGACCCUUCUUACAAACUGAAACUACAUAGUAUACUAGUCGUGGAACUCUGAGCGUCACUGUCUGGUAUCAGCUUCACACUAAACCAACUGAUGAAUUACACUCCUGUUCAACUUCACUGUACUAGUUACAAGAGAUGACUGGAAGAUUAGUUCCAUUUGUCUGGGAGGUAGCUCAUCCAUCUUUCAGGAAGCCUGUCUCAGUAGGACAAAACAUUACGUUCACUGUAUUCGAAUACCUUUAAAAAUCACUAUUAUUUCUGGCAAACAAACACCGAUUGCUGAUUGUUACCAAUAGCUAUCUGACUUAUGGUGUUCCAUACUGUACUUGUUCAACCGACAGAUCUCAACAUACUACAUAAUAAACGUUCUGGCACUGAAGAAAUGAACCGAAUUGCUAUGUACUUACAAAUUCGCUCGAUACUCCAUUUCCUAAUGAAACUCUCUGACACAGAACCCUUUUUAAAUGAGCAAAUGUGAUACAAAACGCUUCAAAUAUCUUGUAAAACUCAGUAGAAUUUAAAUAAAAUGUCACUGCUAGAAUUAAUCACACAACAUUUAGAUUUUUCUUCUUUGAUGGCGCCUAUUAUAUUUGCGAAUUUAUAGAAAAGUUAUCUUUCCAGUCUCUCUUCGCAUGUAAAAGCAUCUAUUUAAAAUAUGGUGAAAUUUAAUCCAUUUAUAAUGGCUCGUUUGAUCCACUAUCGUCGCAAAACGCGAAGUUUUGAUAUUAAGUUUUGUGAACCAGCAUAGCCGAUUUGUAAUGUGCGUUCUAACUGCGAAGUAAAUCAGUUUCGCCAAGUUAAAUUUGCAAAGGGAUGGCAGAUAUGUACUAGAUUAUCUAAGAUGUGAAUGGAAUAUGAAAACCACCCUUUCAGGCCUAUGGGCCAUAUGUGAUGUAUAUCUGUAGAAAAGAAAUUAUUAAACGAAAAUGAUAUUACAUUUGUGAUGUUACAGUAAUUUAAAAGCAGAGAAUGAAACAGGUUGCAAUAUCAAAUGUUUAAAAAAAGACAUUCCUGGAAAAGAAAAGAAAAAAACUAGCUAGAUUAAUGAUUUACAAACGGUCAGUAAAUGUGGUGCUAUCUGUAGGUAAGACUACGUGACGAAAAUAAUGUUUACAAUACUUAUAUAUUGAAAAUACUUGUUAUUUAAAAUUUUAAUCUCAUAGAAGAAUUGUACAUAGGCAUCUCUUAUAUGAUAUUUUGUGUUAACCACUUGAGUUGUGAAUUAUUUUCAAAUCCGAGGUUGUAUUUCUUGUCAGUUCCAGUGCAGUAAUAAUCAUCAGUAUGCAAAUUAUCUAUAGCACACCACUGAGGAGGCAGCGUGGCUUCUCACGAAGACGUCACAUAUUUUUAUUUUAUGGAAAAAAAACGAUAAAUAACAUGUCUGUGUUGAAGUGCCACAAACAUUUUGAACAAUGGUAACAAUCUUCAGAAAUGUAAGAGGCACUUUACUGUGAGUACGAAACAUCUUUGUUUUUAUGACGCAAAAUUCUUGCAAUCAGACGCGCACAAACUUUUUUCAGUUGUAGCGUAAAAUGAUGCUGCUAAGGAAAGAUAAUAUUGCUUCUUCCAUCAAAUUAAUUCUGCUGCCAGAUGCGUGACACAAUACAGAACUCAGGACAAUCAAUAAUUAUAUUCUUUAAAAGUGAGUUGUCACUUCAGAUUGCUAAUAAUGAAAUGCUCUCAGAAAGCUUAUACAUACACCACAAGGGUCCCUGUUAAGUGCCCGUUUGUUAGGGACCAGAAAUUUUUAUUGUGAUUAAAGUUCAUUACUGUAGAAUGUUAGUACAAGCUACAGAAACAAUGUCAGUUGCUGUACGAAGAAAUACAACUCAAAGAAGCAAUGUACAAAUGUGGACUAUCUGUUCAUAGAAUAUUGUUAUUGUUACAAAAAUGAUAUCCCUUGCUACAAAUUUCUUUCAUUUAGAUUCGUAUUUGUAAGUUGUGCCUUCAGUUCCUGUAAUAAAAUUUAUAAAAUUUUUAAAUGUA